AUGCAAAGCCUGCUGGACUCUGUGCUGUUUCCGCCGCUGCAGGCGGUGUGUGGCCCACUCGACGCCACUGUGGGGCUGUACGUGGUCGACUCGCUGGCUGCCUUUGCUGACCGCUUCCAGGUGGCGCUCACCUCGGCCUGCCUCUUCAUCGUCACCUUUCACAUCCUCAAGUGGUUUGUCUCGCCGGCGGUGUUUGGCGCAACGUACGCCAAGCUCACGCCGGUGGACAAGUUCCGCUGGAACGAGAAGCUCAUCUCGGUCAUCCACGCUUCGAUCGCCACCGUCGGCGCCGCCGCCUCGGCCUGGCACACCUUCUCCUCGCUGCCAGACAGCCUCAACUCGAUGACCAACUACGAGCUCAUCCUGGGCGUCAACAACACUCCGCUGCAUCGUGACUUUUUCAUCCAGACCUCCAUCGGCUAUUUUCUCUCGGACCUCUUCCUCUACACCCUCCCGCCCAUCCACCACUCGGCCUUUGAGUUCUUCCACCACAUUGUCGCUGGCGGCUCGUACACUCUCGGCGUGUACUACCAGUGGGGCACCUGGAUCCAGAUCAACUUUCUCCUCAACGAGGUCUCGACACCCUUCCUCCAGCUCACCUGGUUCUUCCGCUAUACCGGCCUCCGCCACUCGCCCGUCGACAAGACCAACCGCAAGGUCUUUGCCCUUCUCUUCUUCAUCUCGCGCGUUGUCUGGAACUCGAUCUUCUGCUGGCAUGUCAUCCAGGCCCUGGUCUACGUCACCAUCGACCCGUGGGUCACACCGCGCCUCUUCUGGGUCCAAGUCGUCCUCAUCAUCUCCCAUUGCUCGCUGCAGUACUUUUGGUUCUACCGGAUCAUGGCUAUCGCUCUCGGCGCCUCGUCAGCGCCGGGCGAGCCUGUUGCACCCGCCUCGCACGCCAAGUCACAGUAGCCAGCCGCUCUGUAUUCCGGGCGCUUGGGCAUCUCGUGGCUCGCACCCUCCAGACCUUAACACCUGUGCCAGCU